GAGAUUCAAAGCUCCGACACACCCUCCGGAAGACAUCUUUCAAACCCCACGACCAUGAAACAGCUCAUUUUAUUUGCAGCGGCUCUCUGCAGCGUGAUCCUUCCAAUUGGAGCGGUUGUUCGAGAGACGGAAUAUGGAUACGUUGAGGGGACCAACUUUACGUUGCAUACCGGGAAGGCCGUCCAAGCGUUCCUUGGAAUUCCGUUUGCGCAGCCGCCCAUUGGAGCACUGAGGUACAUGCAUCCAUUGAAAUAUGCCGGACCCCAGUGGCCAAUGAAUCAACCUCUGAAUGCAACGUAUCCUCGCCCAUCGUGCUGGGGCGUCCCUUUACAGUGGGUGUCACAUCAAGAUCCAAUUUAUGAUGACUUCUCGGAGGACUGUCUAUUCUUAAACAUUUAUGCACCAGGGGAUGCCGCUGAAGGUGUAACAUCAUAUCCCGUCAUGUUCUGGAUUCACGGAGGUGGUUACACAGGUUCUGGUAGUGUACAAUACCCGGGUCAUUUCCUCGCUGCUGAGGGUGUGAUUGUAAUCAUUAUACAGUACAGACUCGCCCAGCUAGGUUUCCUUACAACAGAAGAUGAAAAUGCUCCCGGGAACUGUGGCGCGAUGGACCAGGUCAUGUCUCUCCAAUUUGUACACGACAACAUUGCCAAGUUUGGAGGGGAUCCCGGGAAAGUGACAUUGUUUGGACAGAGCGCAGGGGGAUCCAGUUCAGGUCUAAUGACACUCAGCCCAUUGACCGAGGGGUUGUUCCAUCAAGUGAUAGCAGAAAGCGGGACAGAUAUGGCUCCAUGGGCCAUAGUUGACCCUGAUGAGCACCCGAGGAACUACGCUGUACAGUUGGUAGAGGCGCUCAAUCGUGAGCUGGACUAUGAAUGUCCAACUGAUAACAACACAGCUAUGGUGGAAUGCCUAAGAACUGUAGAGCCGUAUGAGAUGCUUAUUGGAGGAAUCUUGGAAGUAGAAGAAACGCUUGGUUUUAUAACUCAUAUCUGGGGUCCUAGAGUUGACGGCAAAUUCCUACUGGAUAGACCUAUAACAUUACGUGAGCAAGGAAAGUUCCACAAAGUUCCUGUUAUGACCGGACAAACAACAGAGGAUGGAUCCAUGUUCGCUCUUAUUGGCGUUCCUGCAACAAGUGACGGUGGGUUGAACAGGACUCUAUGGUAUGAAGUCAUCAACAAGCUCAUUAAACAACUCAGUCCCCCUGGAGCAGACUAUGAAGCAGCAACGAGAGCAAUUGAUUUUGAAUAUAGCAACUGGCCGCAUAUUGAUGAUGAACUGGCCAACAGAGACAGGAUAGUAGAUAUGUUCACAGACUGCGGGUUCGCCAUUGGGAAUGAUUUGUUCGCGCGUAGUCAUUCGGAGUAUAAUGCAACAUAUCAAUAUCUCCUUGGUUAUCGCAGUGCCAACGCCACAGAAGAAGAUCUUCCCGCUUGGAUGGGGGUGCCCCAUAACGGAGAGCUUCCCUAUGUACUAGGAUGGCCGUAUAUAGGCAUAAACCCAAUGGUGAAGUACCACCUAGCUGGGAUGCAGCAAGUGUUGGAUUUCAAUGAAUUUGACAAUCACAUGACAGACAUCAUCAUAAAAAUGUGGACCAACUUUGCUAAAUAUGGAAACCCUACUCCAGAACCUGUUAACAACUUCACUUGGCCCCAGUUUGAUACGACUGACUACAAUUACAUGUCCAUAGAUAGGAUGGGAGAUUUUGAGGUAAAGAAGGAGUACAAUCCCCAUAGAACCGCAUUCUGGACACAAUAUGCACCAUGGAUACUCAAAGGUUUAGAGGUUCCCACUGAAGCUCCAACUUCCACUCCCAGUACUGCACCUCCAGUCAGUUCUAGUGCAGCUCCAGCUUCGUCAUCAUCAGAUGCCACAACAAUAGUAUCAUCAACUGUUUCUGCUAGCACGGAACCUUCUGGGGGCUCAGUGGCUCCUCAAACUUCUGACGAAUUAACUUCCGAGGGCCAGAACUACAGGAUCGCCACGAUCGUGCUUGGUGUAACGUGUGGAGUUUUGUUAUUGGGCCUACUCGCUGCCCUGUGGAAGCGAACCAAAGUAGAUUCGGAAUUGAAAGAACAGAACGGCAAUUACGAACUUAACCCAGUAAAAGUUGAUCCCUAACUCAAGUUAGCCUUAUACAACGUAUACGACAUUUAUUCGACCUGACUAGACCUGACUUAUACUCUGUUUGAUAUAUAAAAGGGCAUAUUGGGCAAGGAACAUACACUCACAAUCGAUUCUCGGGUACAGUUCACUAACGUGGGAGAAUGACGUUGUUAUUGUAUGGAUCCAUACUCUGAAGUCAAAAAAGCUAGUAAUGAUCACUGCUGACUGUAGAUGAAGCUCUUUAUUAAAGAGGUGAAAUCAAACUUUUUAAAGGGUAAUAUCCUGAUUAGAAAAUUAUGUGAAUAACAUGUCCAGAGCAGGAAGCACUCUAGUAUGUAAAUAUAUUUUUGUACCCAUUACCCAGACGUGAACUUAUGUUGAAGAUAAUGAAAAGCACGAUUACAUAAUAAUGAAUAGUCUAGUAUACCAUGUGUUUCUUAGCGUUGACAUCAUGGAUGGGUCUAUUGGCUGUAGAAUUUCUUUCCCC